AUUCUUCCGUAUCUCCCCCUGCGAUCAAGCCGCAAUUCUUCAUCGUCCCGGGACUAGCUCCCAGCUAAGAGUUCUUGAUUUUUCUUCCGCUCACACUAGGGGACAAAUUUUUACUGUAAAAUGCCCACCAGCAAACAGGGUCGCCAUCCAGGAUGCAAAAGAGUUGAUGAAAAAGGUGUUGAUGUCCAGGUACAUGAUCACGUUUUGCCCUCCCCCAACGAGGAAUAUCAGGCUGCAGAUUACUGUUCCAGAUUGAGACAUGGAGAUUACAGUCAAAAGAAAGUUCAAAUAGUACUCACUGGUUGUGAUUAUGGUAUCCUAUAGUGCGCAGGACACUCUGAAUGAUAGGGCUGUUUGAGGCUGAGUUGAAACUUUGUAGUAGUGGAGCUUAUGGAUUUGGCUUAUAUGUAUAGAAUUCUCCAUAGCCGCUUCAGAAAUCGGGUCUUGAUAUUUUGUAGUCCACCAAAAGUCUAGGUUAGGUCAUGAUUGUAGUGGGUGUCUGUCGAUAAUUGGGAGGCAUUUGAUUAUCCAGAGUUGCCAACUGAGUGGAAAAUGUUGAAAAAAUCAAGAAAUUUGAAACAAAAAUGGUAAAUGGGUAGUCAUGUAGAAGGUAAAUUCUUAUCUCUCUGAAAUGGGUAAUGGUGUAUCUGAUAUUCACAGUGAAGAUUCUGAAGAUAGUUGAGUUUGCAGACCAUGGAGGCUGCAUGCCAUGGCCAGAACAAUGCUAGUGAAAUCCUUAUAUAGAUGGUAAAUUCUAAAAAAUCAGGAAAUUUGAAACAAAAAUGGUAAAUGGGUAGAAUAUAGAAGGUAAAUUCUCAUCUUUCUGAAGUGGGUUAUGAUAUAUCCGAUAUCCACACUGAAGAUUUUGAAGAUAGUUGAGUUUGCAGACCAUGGAGGCUGCAUGACAUGGACUGAACAAUGCUAGUGGAAUCCUGAGUGGAUAAAUUCAUUGGAAGGUCAGCAUAGAAGUUUAGAUGAUGGAGAGCAGAGUUCUGUUUUGGAUUGCAUGCUUGAUUGUCUAUGGGUUGCCAUGGAUAACCAGUGUUCAAGCUCUUGCUGAGGAAGCCCAAAUUUUGCUGGACAUGAAGAGAAGUCUGAAGGAUCCUUACAAUGCACUGAACAACUGGAAAGAGUCCAUUGAUGCACCUUGCAACUGGGAUGGAAUUAGCUGCGACAAUAGUACAGGUAUGGUCACUGAGAUAACACUUGAAAGCAAAUUUAUAAAUGGUCGCCUGUACUCCAAUAUUUGCAAAUUGCAAAAUUUGAAGAAACUUCAACUGGGAAUCAAUAAGUUUUAUGGGAACUUACCCUCAGAUAUAAUGAACUGCACUAAGCUUCAGUCCCUGAAUCUCACAAAUAAUUCUCUCUCUGGAACUUUGCCAGACUUUUCCCCAUUAAAAUCCUUGCAGCUUCUUGAUGUGACAAUCAAUAACUUCACAGGUAAAUUUCCUUCUUCUGUUGGUAAUUUACCUAAUCUGACCUCCCUCAACCUUGCCAGUAAUCCAUUCAGUCCUGGUAAAAUACCUCAGCAGCUCAUGAAUUUGAAGAAACUUGAGGAGCUAUACUUGGCUCGCUGCAAUUUGGUAGGAGAAAUUCCAAGUUUUAUUAUUAAUUUCACAGAUUUGUGUCUUGUGGAUCUCUCUGCCAACCACUUGACUGGAUCUAUUCCAAAAGAGAUCUUCAGACUCAGUAAACUCCACCAACUAGAGCUGUAUGACAACAAUCUAAGUGGAAAUAUACCCCCAGAACUAGGAAAUCUCAGAGCACUAGAAUAUUUUGAUGCAUCAAAGAACAUGUUGAGUGGAAAUCUUCCAGAAGAGGUUGGGAAUUUGAAAAACUUAGUUUCUUUUGAGCUCAACAUGAACCAUCUUUCUGGUCAAAUCCCUGAAAGCUUUGGCGAGUUUCCUAAUCUUGAAGGCUUGUCACUGUAUCAGAACAAUUUCACAGGCCAACUGCCACAGAAGCUUGGUAGUUUAUCAAAGUUUAACUUGAUUGAUGUUUCUGACAACCAGUUCACUGGCUCACUACCAAAAGAUAUAUGCAAAGGAGGUAACCUGCAAUACUUUCUUGCUCUUGAUAACCUUUUCACAGGAGAACUGCCCGAGUCUUAUGAAGCUUGCAAAAGCUUGAUACGUUUCAGAGUAAAUGCCAAUAAUCUAACUGGUAAGGUACCCAAAGGAAUUUGGGGUUUGCCAAAUGCCAUUAUUAUUGACCUUAGCUUCAAUAACUUUGAUGGUGAACUUGGUCCUGAGAUCAGCAAUGCAAAGAGUUUAACAGAAUUCUACAUUAACAAUAAUCAAUUCUCGGGGAUCUUGGUGCCAGAGAUAGGAAUGUCCUCACAAUUAGUCAAACUUGAGGUCCAGAGUAAUCAGUUUACAGGUUCAAUCCCAAAAGAAAUCAGCAGUCUGAGGAAUUUGAAUGAACUGUAUUUGCAGGAAAAUAUGUUUGAGGGAUCCAUUCCAGCUGAAAUUGGUUUAUGCACUUCUUUGGUUGUUAUCAACCUUGCAGAAAACCAUUUGAAUGGAUUGAUUCCAGAGUCUCUGGGAUCCAUUCAAGGUCUGAAUUCUCUGAAUCUUUCAAAUAACAAUCUCCAUGGCUCAAUUCCAAACAGCCUUGGUACAUUGCAGCUAAGUUUUCUUGACUUCUCCAACAACCAUUUAUCUGGCCCUGUUCCAAAUUCCUUAAUCAACGCAGCAAACAGUGAAGGCUUCUCAGGAAAUCCAGGGCUUUGUGUUAAAAACCCUAGAAGUCGUAAUAAGGAACUUCAAACUUGUAAGGGUUCUGAUCCAACGAAAGAAUCCAGAAAAAUGAUAUUUAUAUCUGGGUUCAUUGUUGGAAUAGCAAUGCUAAUAGUAGUGAUUGGGUUGAUACUUAUUAGGCGAAAAUGGUGGCAAAAUCAAGAGGACUUCAGGGAUAAAAGGGGAAGUUCAUGCUGGAAACUUAAAUCUUUUCAUAAAAUAAGUUUCACUGAGAAGGACAUUUCUGAAGCUUUGCUAAAGGAAGAGAAUGUCAUUGGAAGUGGUGGGUCGGGCAAGGUUUAUCGUGUGGAUUUGCAGAACAAUUUAACUGUUGCUGUAAAGAGACUCUGGCCGGGGAACAUUAACAGUAUAAAGCAAAAUGAUCUCCACAAACUGAUGAAGGCAGAAGUGGACGUUUUAGGGAUGGUUAGGCACAAAAACAUUGUGAAGCUCUACUGUUGUUUAUCAAAUGGUAAGUCAAAUCUUUUGGUAUAUGAAUAUAUGCAGAAUGGAAACUUGUUUGAUGCUUUGCAUAAAGUCUGCACAGAAAAGGCAUCAAAGGAUAGUGGUUUGCAUUUGGAUUGGCCAACAAGGCACAAGAUUGCAUUAGGAGCAGCUCAUGGAUUGGCAUAUCUUCAUCAUGAUUGCUCACCUGCAAUAGUUCACAGAGACGUAAAAUCUACCAAUAUUCUGCUGGAUAACUGUUUUGAGGCAAGGAUUGCUGAUUUUGGUAUUGCAAAAUUUCUUCAAGCUGGAAGAGGAAAGGAUCCCACCAUAGCUUUUGCAGGCACCUGUGGUUACAUUGCUCCUGAAAAUGCAUAUUGUUUUGAUGUCACUGAGAAGAGUGAUGUUUACAGUUUUGGAGUGGUUUUGUUGGAGCUUGUUACUGGAAAAGAACCAAUUGAGCCGGAAUUUGGUGAUAGUAAGGAUAUAGUUUACUGGAUUUCACAUAAAAUUGGUCAACAAGACACUUUUGAGGUUUUGGAUCCAAGGAUUUCUAAAUCAUUCGAGGAAGAAAUGUUCCAAUUCUUGAAAAUUGCAAUACGUUGCACAUGCAAACUCCCAGCACUACGACCCACCAUGAGAGAAGUUGUACAAAUGUUGUUGGACGUUGAUCCUUGCACUACUAGUUUGAAAACAACACAAAAAAGUAGGAAUCAUGUUAUGUACUUAGAAAUAUAAUAUUAUAAUGCAUAUAGAUUGAUGGAGAUGUCAACAUGUGGCACACAUCCUUUAAGUUAGUUAUAUUUCGUCAUGUUCACAACUUGUAAUUAAUUAUUUUAGGAAAUGAGUAGGUUUGUCAAUAUCGAGUUUAGUGGUUUAGCCUUCUAUUAUGUUUUGAGAAGGACGUCUAUACAAAUAAGGUGAAUAUCAUUGUAAGGAUAUAUGAAUAGUAUUAUAUUUGUUUGAGAUUUAUUGGAGAUGUAGUUUAGAGUUGUAUUUUAAAUAAAGAGUGUUGUCUCCUACAUAUAUUGGAUAUUAA